AUGGCGGCCGCGAGCGUGGGUGCCACGCUCAAUAUCAACGUCGGCAUACUGGGCCACGUUGACUCGGGAAAGACCAGCCUCUCCCGCGCUCUCUCCUCGACCGCGUCGACCAACGCCUUUGAUAAGAACCCGCAGAGCAAGGAGCGCGGAAUCACGCUGGACCUCGGCUUCUCGUCCUUUCUCACCAGCCUGCCUGCGCAGCUGGCGGGCGGGGCGUACAGCCAGAUGCAGGUCACGCUUGUGGACUGCCCGGGCCACGCGUCACUCAUCCGCACGAUCAUCGGCGGAGCGCAGAUCAUCGAUCUGAUGCUGCUCGUGAUUGACGUCACCAAGGGCAUCCAGACGCAGACGGCUGAGUGCCUCGUUAUCGGCGAGAUCCUCAACGACACACUCAUCGUCGUGCUCAACAAGACAGACAUGCUGCCGGAGGCCGGGCGCGAGGAGAAGCUCAGCAAGAUGAAGGCGCGCAUACGCAAGACGCUCGCCGCCACCAAGUUCGCUGACGCGCCGAUGGUGGCCAUCGCUGCACGGCCGGGCGGCGCCGAGUCGGCGGCGAGCGACGCGUCCGGCGGCGCUGCUGCGGUCGGGGUGAGUGCGCUUGUGGACGAGCUCAAGGCUCGCGUGGCGCUUCCGGAGAGGAGGCACGACGGGCCUCUGCACUUCGCCAUCGACCACUGCUUCCCCAUCAAGGGGCAGGGGACGGCGAGAUGGGGAGGGGACGGCGCCCCGCGCGCUCCUCCACCUCCGCGGUGCCGACCGGUCUUCGCGCCGCAGGUGCUCACCGGCACGGUCCUCUCCGGCUCGCUCAAGAUCGGCCAGGAGAUCGAGUUCCCCGAGCUCAAGCAGACGCGCAAGAUCAAGUCGAUGCAGAUGUUCCGCAAGCCCGUCCAGUCCGCCACGCAGGGCGACCGCCUGGGCGUCUGCGUCACUCAGCUGGACGCAAAGGCCCUCGAGCGAGGCAUCGCCUGCACGCCCGGCUACAUCUCUACCGUCUCGUGCGCGCUCGUGCGGCACAUCCGCUUCUUCAAGACGGCCUGCAAGACGGGAGCAAAGUUCCACGUGACCGUCGGCCACGCCACCGUCAUGGGGACGGCAACCUUCUUCGGCCCGCCCGGCGCCGCCGCCGCCGAGGCGGAGAGGCAGGCGGCCGCCGCACGCGCGCUCGCGGUCGCGCGCGCGCCGCUGCCGACCAGCUUCGCCGACGGGGGAGAGCACCUCUACCAAGAGGAGCUCGACACGGCGGCGCGCGGACCUGCGGCGCGCGGGCAAGGGACGCGGGGUGGGCGUAUCUCGGACACGUCACGGCUCGAGCAGCCGGUCGCCUGCGCGCUGCCCGCCACCGCAAUCUGCUCGCACCUCGAGACGGACCACAACCUCAACGCGUGCCGCAUCGCCUUUUACGGCAAGCUGGUGCGCAGCCUCGCGCCCGACGAGGUGCCGAAGCUGCGCGUCUUCAAGAGGAAGCGCAAGGAGGGGCAGGUCGAGCGGUUGCACGACGACCACACCCUCAUCUGCAAGAACCUCUUCCGGCCGGGCACCGACAUGACGCCCUUUUUUGGCAUGGAGGUGCAGGUGGGCGAGUCCGGACCUGUGGGCAGGAUCGACUCCACCUUUGGCAAGACCAAGUUCAAGGUCGCCUUCCCCUCCUCGCUCGAGCCCGGGGUGCUCGCCGACGCUUGCAAGGGCGCGCGCAUCUAUCUCAACUACAAGCGGUUCGUCUUUGACACGGAGAAGCGGAUGAUUCAACACUGA